AUGCAGCUUCACCCUAAAACUUCCACAAACUUCAACGAGAGCAGGAUUGAGCAUAAGGACUACAAGUGUGCAGGCAUUGCUCAGUGCUUGCUGCGCAGGAAUCCACACAGUGUGAUUCUAAGCAGGUAUGGUCCCAAAAUGCCUCUCGCAGUGGAUUGCACCGCUGAACUGAUUCGUUGCAAGGUCCUGGAUUCGUCUGGCAGACUGAAGUCGCAUGAGCUCAUCCUCUCUUAUGGGCUGGCUCUUGUAAGGUUUGUCAACUUGAUCACAGAAAGGAAACAGAAAAUGGUCAGCAUUCCUCUGAGACAAUUAGCCAAAGAGGUGGAUAUCCCCAUCUGGGUUGUGGAUCUCCGUCACGAGCUCACCCACGGGAAGCUGCCGCGUCUGGCUCUGUGCCGCAAGGGUUGUGAUGUUGUGCUGGACUGGCUACGAAAGACGUAUUGGAGCCGUCAGCUGGGCAAUAAUUUAUGUGAAGAAAGUGAGGACGAGGAUGAGGACGAGGAGCAGGAAGCGGCAGAAGAAAAUACGGAGUUGGACACUGAUGCAUGGGAGAUUCAAACCCCACAGCAUGAGGCCUGUCAGAAACACAAAGAAUUCCAUGAAAAAGUCAGAGAUGUGUUGAUGUCCUACAAGAAUGAGCAGUUUCGGGUUAUGCAGACUGUGCAGUCUGUUUCGAAGUCUCGAGAACUGUGGUCCGAUUCCUCUUCAGAAAUGGACUGGAUUUUGGCUCAGAUCAAAGACCUAAUGCAAGAGAACAGGGAGACAGUGGCUGAAGCUCUUCUCAGUGAUGGCUUUCUCAUCCCAAAGAUGGAUUGUCUGAAGAUGCUAAAUAUCAAGUAUGAAGCAAAUAAAGAGGUAUGGCAGUUCAAAAUUCCUCAGACAUUUUACUGCUUUUGGCAGCCUUUGCUGACAAGCCUCCUUUCCCGAAGUUUUACACAGAUCCUAAUAGAGAAAAUGUUUAUGGAGUUGAAGGAAUGUUCUGACUCGUCAGAACUCCGGUCUCAGUUCUUGAUCAACUGGAUUUCUGAGAUGCUGACUGGCAUUGCCAAAGUAAAUGCUGGGAAGAAAAGACAACACUGUAACAAGCAGGUGUCCGUGAAGGAGCUGUUCCUCCAUAAAGUUCCUUUGCAGUGGAUAAGACUGACUGAUAAUUGCUUGGAAGCUCCCUGCUGGGCAACCCCACACCUUCUACAACUGAUCCUCACAAUCAUGAGACCUCGCUUGCCACGUUCUUCACGGAAGAACCUUCUCUAUCUUGCGUCCGUUUACACAGAAGGAAGUGGCCCUUUGUCCAGUCCAGGCCUCUCUUCAGACUGCAGCGAACAGCCCAUUUACACUAUAGAGAGCUUACAGUGGAGGGCCAGACAAGAAAAUCAGGUUAAAAAUCAAGGGCAGACUGUAGAGAAACAAGAAGAUGUGCUAGAGAGAGAUGAUGGUGCAGAGGAGGUGGAGGAGGAGGAAGAAGAGAUGGUAACUGAAACAAAUCCUUUGGAAGGACUUGCUCAUUCUGGUAACAUGGUGGCUAUUGCUGAGAAAAGGGCAGCGCUGAAAGGGUCCGCCUGGCAGAUCACUGCAGAUGAAAUACGAUGGAAAGACUUUCCUCUUGGGAAACUCCCGGGUCAGACGGAUGACCCUGAUGGUCUCAUGUUGGAUAAUUAUUCCAUGAUGUCCCUGCUUGAUCAGCCAGUGAGAGAUGAGUGGAAGUCUCCUAAUACAAACUCUGCAGAAUUGAAUAUUCCUGGGACAGGAGGAUUGUUAUGGACCCAGAAUGACUUCCAUAAAAUAAAAAGUGGUCUUCAACUUUUCUGA